GUCCGUGUGAACGCGGGUUUGCGAGCACACCUGUGCGGUGCUUGUUGGCUGCGCUUUAAAGGUACUGUCUGGGGUGCCCUGUCGGGGUCCUAUGUUCUGAUAAGGUGGCAAGGCCUGCUGUCACCGACGGGACCGCCUGAGCUUCUCUCCUGCGUGUGCGACGUGGUGCCUGUCCGUCCCUGCCGCUAGCGUUUGAGGGGUGCACCUCCCGCCCCUUCCUGGGGUAGUUGAGGCAGUGAAGGGCAGUUUCUCUGUUGCACUGACCUUGAGGUGUUUGGCUGUGGCAGCUCCUCAUGCCCAAGUCAUCCCAGAGAUCAUCGGCUCCAUGCACAGGGCCCUUGCUGGCUUACGGGGGACCUGGUGUACGGCCUGGAGGCCCUCGGGCCCAGGCCUGUGGUUCCAGAGUUCCGGGCAUGUGUUGUCCGCGCUGUUCCUGGGGGUCUUACUCUGAACACAUGUCCUGUGUCUGAGAGCUUGGCUUGGCUCCUGGGACUGACCCAUGGGCACCUGGUGCUCCAGGUCACAGUGGUGGCCAGUGUUGGCCCUGGGCUUUGGGGCCGCCGUCAGCAGGGUGAGGCAGUGGCGGUGGUGCAGGAGCACGUCUCGUGUCUGUCUGGUUCACGGUGACACCCCUGCUUUGCGGUGAAGCUCUCCUAGGGCUUGAUCUCUUCCCACCGCCCCUGGCCCGGGUGUGCUGGCUGGAACAGGCAGCCUUUUGUGGGAGGACUAGCUGCUGUGCGAGAGGGCCUCACCCCCUCUCCCGGGCUCAGGGAGGCGGGCUGGCACUCCUGAGUCUGCAGAUCUGGGUCGCACUCUGGAGAGCCCUGAAGUGUCCCUGCAGGGCUGGGUGGGCCGCAGGCAGGGCCGGCCUUGCUGCUCUUCUGUCCCCAGUCAGCGUGGCCUGGCGCCCUGGACGUUGCUGCCAUCCCGCAGUGGGGACACCCGAGCUCUCGGUGCAGCACGGGGCUGUCCUGAGCCGCCGGCCGGGCUGGCUCUUGUCCUCUUUCUUCGCCCCCAGGUGCGCUGAGCCAGGGCCUGCCCUGUGUCGCCUUCCUGGUCCCUGAGGGUGGGGAGGCUGUCCUUGCUAGGAUGCAGACGUGUGUCCCAUGGAGACGGAGCCCUGGGACACCGCCAGGGCUGUCAGCGCCGUGCUACCGCCCACCGACAACAGCAGUAGUAAUUGGGGACAGCACAGACCCCGCCAACCCCCACCUCCCCAGCGCUGCUCACUCUUGACCCUGAGUGUGCGGCAUGACCUGGACAUGGCUCGAAGGGCCCAGCGCAGCGGACACAGGUGGCCCCGGCCAGUGGCCUGAGGGGAGGUGGGGGCCUGGGCUUCUCUUAAAGCGCAGAAUGUUCUGUCUUUGCAUGACUUGCUGCCAAGUAAAGCCAGCCUUGACCUCAGACCCUGUUUGGGUUGAAACAGCUGGGUUUUGGGGUGCUGGUGUUUGCGUGGCCGUCAGCGUCUCUGCCAGGGUCUGCUCUCCUGGCUGUCUGCUCCAAGGACAGCGGCUCCGUCCCGCUCGACUUCUGGAGGCUGUGGCAGGUCUGUGUCCCUCUUUGCCAGGGCCCACGGUCAGGCUGGGUGUUGGCUGGGAAGUGGUCGGCCCUGUCGCAUCCUGGGGCCUUGGUGUUGGUCCUCACAGUGGGGGGACACUUGGGCCCGUGAAGAGAAGAGCUGGGGUGGGAAGGCGGGAACUGGGGCCAGACCCAGCCUGUCUCUACGAGGUGACCUUGGGGCCAGGGGCCAGGGGAUCUGUGCCCGCACUGUCUGCGGGACCCCACCUCCUGCCGCAGCUCCUCCUCCGGGCUCCCACCGCGGGAGCCUCCAUCUGUCCCAGAAACCCGUCCAGCCGUCGGGCUCCCGUGGGCUGCCAGGGAGGAGGCUUGCCUGGCCUUCCCGUGCCCUGGCUCUGUGGCCCAGCGGUCUCAGUCCUUCUGCAGGUGCCCCUUCCCGUUCCAGCGCCCAGCGGGGGGCCGGCGGAACCGGGCUCGAGGUCUUCUGCUAUGAGACGAGCCUCGCGAGGGCGCCCCUGCGCACCCGGGGGGAGAGCACAUGAGGUGUCUAGACGCGGGUCACCGGGCCCCACGCUCCGAACCGAGCAAUGCCGGGGCCGGUGCGGGCCGCCAGGAGGAAACAAGAGCACAGGGCAGGAUGGCCUUGCUUCUUCCCGUGUGAUACUGAUUUCCUACUUCCAGGGACGAGUUUUUAGAAUCAUUUCGGCGAUUUCUAGAAAAGCUUGUAUUAAGUAUCUGUGAAGGAAACUCGUACGGAUUUUUUAACACCACUUUGCAUGCGGAGUCUGGCUCUUCUGAGCUUUGUUUCGGGUCCCAGCCCUCAGUGUCCCCGU